AUGGAUAUGUUAGUAGCUGUAGCUCUACUCUGUCUGUGUGUGGGCUGUGCUGCUCAUGACAGCCUGAGUGUAGAGUGUAGACAGUGGCUGCAUAAGUAUGGUCGUGGCUUGAGUGAGGGUGUGGAAGAUGUGGAGCUGUGUGCUGUGUGGGCGGCUAAUAUGGAGUACAUACAAGCACAUAAUGAGAACGCUCAUCUCCAUGGUUACAGGCUGGCCAUGAAUCAAUUUGGAGGCUUGAGCACUGGAGAGUUCAUAUCCUCCACCCAAUGUGUACAGAGGGUUAGUCCAACCAACGCAUCACAACUAAACAUUCUCCACAACACGACUCUCUUCAGGGAUUGGUCCAGUGUGGGGGGUUCUAGUGGAGCUGUGGGGGGUGACCUCCCAGACACCAUGGACUGGAGAACCUCUGGAAUAGUCACCAAGGUCAAAGAUCAGUUGAGGUGUGGUAGCAGCUAUGCCUUCUCCUCCAUGGCUUCUCUGGAAGGACUACAUGCUCUGGCCUACAAGCAACUAGUGAAACUUAGUGAACAAAACAUUGUGGACUGCUCCAUUUCAUUUGGUAACCAUGGUUGCGUGUGUGGAGAGGUCAACAAGGCUUUGCUGUAUGUCAUCGAUAACGGUGGAGUGGACACUUGGGACGGCUACCCCUCCGGAGGAGAUCCAUACAGGUCAAAGCAAUAUGCUUGCUCUUAUUCCCCUGCCUAUUGGGGUGCCAGUGCUCGAGGUAUAGUGGUCCUCCCCUCUGGCAGUGAGGCUAGUCUACUGGCAGCAGUGGGUAGCAUGGGCCCUGUCAGUGUGCAUGUUGAUGCUACCUCCACUGCUUUCCAGUUCUAUUCUGAAGGUGUUCUCAAUGUUCACUAUUGCUCCAGUACUGUGCUCAGUCAUGCACUGGUUGUCAUUGGUUACGGGAGUCUAAACGGACAAGACUAUUGGCUAGUCAAAAACAGUUGGGGUCCUAACUGGGGCAUUAAAGGUUUUGGUCUACUGGCCAGAAACAAUGGGAAUAAUUGUGGUAUUGCCACGUCAGCAAGUCUGCCCUCUCUGUGAACUUUGGCGGACAAUAAUUAUGUAGACUAGUAGUGAC